AGUUGCUUUGUAGCCUUGUAUUGAUAUUAUAAAGUGUUGGUGCUCAUCUUAGACUUUUUAGAUCUAUCAUGCUCUUUAGACUUUGUCCUCUCCAUUUGCACAUGAACAUAUAUCAAUAAACUUUGGUUUCAGACAAAGCAAACUUCUGCUAAACAAUUUCUCCAAAUUAUUUCCUUGGUGUAGUUCUUUGUGAAAGAAAACUUCCCAUUACCAAGCUGAAAGUGCCCGAAAUCCCCUCGCCGAUUUGUAGAGAAUCGAAAAUGGGAAAGACUUUGGUUCUAGCAUUCUACAUAACCAUAUGCUGUAUUGCUUUUGUGAUAUCAAAGAUUGUUAUUUCAGUCCUCAUCUAUAGGCGAUGGAAGAGAAAGAAGUUGGUUUUUGAAGAUGGCGUCUCUGGUGGGAAAAUGGUUUUGUUUAGGGCUUCUGCAAUGCAAUCUCUCAAAUCAGAUACAUUCUUAAAGAAGACACUCAAGUUGAGCAACAAGGACAUCAUUGGCUCUGGAGGCUAUGGGACAGUUUAUAAACUGACAGUAAAUGAGUCCAUAGCCUUUGCUGUGAAAAGAUUGAACAGAGGAAGUGCAGAUAGAGACCGAGGCUUCGAGAGAGAGUUAGAAGCGAUGGGGGACAUAAAGCACCGCAACAUUGUGACCCUUCAUGGAUAUUACACUGCUCCAAACUACAAUCUUCUUAUAUAUGAAUUGAUGCCUAAUGGAAGUUUGGAUGCAGUCCUACAAGGAAGAUCAAUGGAGAAGAAGCUUUUGGAUUGGCCUUCCAGAUACAAAAUAGCACUAGGUACUGCAAGAGGAAUAUCAUACCUUCAUCAUGAUUGCAUCCCUCACAUAAUCCAUAGAGAUAUUAAAUCAAGCAACAUAUUGUUGGAUCAAAACAUGGAGGCCAGAGUUUCUGACUUUGGGCUGGCCACUUUGAUGGAACCAGAUAAGACUCAUGUUUCAACACUUGUAGCUGGAACUUUUGGAUACUUAGCUCCUGAAUAUUUCGAUACAGGAAGAGCAACAGCAAAAGGGGAUGUUUACAGUUUUGGAGUGGUUUUAUUAGAACUUCUAACUGGAAAGAAACCUACAGAUGAAGCAUUUAUUGAGGAGGGUACGAAGCUUGUGACAUGGGUGAAGGCAGUUAUUCAGGACAAAAAGGAGGAGUAUGUGAUUGACAGUAACUUAGGGUGUUGUCCAACCGAUGAGAUUAACAAUGCCUUUAGUAUUGCUUUAAUGUGCCUUGAACCAGAGCCUUCCAAGAGGCCUACCAUGGUUGAGGUUGUCAAGAUGCUUGAGGAGAUAAAAAAUAACAAAGUUGUAAAAGAGACUUAAAUCAUAUGAUUAAUGCAUCUCCUUUCUUUUAGACAAUGUAUAGAUUCUAUACACCAGUUUAUGCCCUCAAGUGGUCCUAGCCUUCUUAUCAAGAGCUUUCUUCCAUCAUU